CGUGUUGCGGCGAACGUCCGGCGUGCGCAAGAAAGGGCUAGUUUGCCGGUGACGCGUGCGUUCAACGAAUUAUUUUUGACGCCCCCUAGUAGUAACUACACCUAUCGUUCAGAAUUGAAGCGCUCUCUAGUAGGUCUUACCAUAAUUUUAAUUGAAUCUUUUUCCACUCGCCCAACAAACUUAAAAGCAACACUCUUCUUCAAUACGUCAACAUAUAUUUGAAGUAUCAUUUUUUUUAAUCAUACAAAGACACGAUACAACAUGCUACCACAGAUAGCGAAGAAGAACCAUGCAAAAUAUUUCAAGAGGUUAUUACAAAUCGUGCCUAAUUUUUUAGCAGAAUUUGAUUACUCUAGACUUGCUGUAGCAUUUUUUGCUAUAUCAGGGCUAGAUAUAUUGAAUUGUUUGAAUGAUCUUAGCGAACAAACAAAAUUAGAGGCAAUAGACUGGAUCUAUAGGCUUCAAGUAACUGGAGCUGGACCAAGAUCUGGCUUUCAACCAUCUACAACAAUACCAAAGGAUGCUACAGAAUAUCGAUAUGGUCAUUUAACAAUGACAUAUGUUGGAUUAGUUACCCUUUUAAUUCUUGGAGAUGAUUUAAGUCGAGUUGAUAGAGAAUCCAUUAUUGAAGGAAUGCGAGCUUGUCAAAAUUCCGAUGGAUCAUUUACAGCCAUUAUAACAGGAUGUGAAAGUGAUAUGAGAUUUCUUUAUUGUGCUUGUUGUAUAUCUAUAAUUUUAAAAGAUUGGUCAGGUAUUGAUAAGACAAAAGCAAUUGACUACAUUGUAAAAAGCAUUUCAUAUGAUGGAGCAAUAGGCCAAGGACCUGGUCUUGAAUCACAUGGAGGAUCUACAUAUUGUGCUGUAGCUAGUCUAUUUCUUAUGAAUGAACUUUAUAACGUAUUGACAAAUGAUCAAUUAAAUAGACUAAAAAGAUGGUGUCUUAUGAGGCAAGACGGUGGCUUUCAUGGACGACCUGGAAAGCCAUCUGACACUUGUUAUAGCUUUUGGGUGGGUGCCACACUACAAAUGCUUGAUGUUAACAAAUUGUCAGAUCCUGAUGAGAAUAGAGCAUUCCUGUUUGACACUCAAGAUAUUAUUGGAGGAGGAUUUGGAAAGUUUGCUGACUGUUUACCAGAUCCUGUUCAUACAUAUUUAGGUAUAUGUGGUUUAAGCCUCUUAGGAGAGACAGAUUUAUGCAUAAUGAACGUUGCUCUUAAUAUCUCUGAACGAGCAUACAAACAUUUAUUAAAAAUACAUGAAGUAUGGUAAUGCAGUUAACAGUCGUGUAAAGUAUUUGCAAAUCGAAUAUCAUAUCAAACGCACAGAGUUAAAGUAUGAAGGAAAAAUAACAGUUUUGCAUUUUAUCAUGGAUUCUAUUUGUACAGUUGUCACAGUUUCUCUGUGCUUAGAAUCAUUAUUCUAAAAAUGUCAAUUAAUAAGAAUAUUAUAAUUUGAAAAUAUGUUAUUAAUCGUUCUGUUUCAAUUAAGACACUUGUUGAACAUGUAUCUAAAGCACUGGAAGUAAAAGGAAACCCAAUAGCAUAAUUCAAAUGCUUCUUAAAAUGGCAUUAUAUAGAAAUUUUAAAA